CAGGGAACAGAAGAAGAAGAGACGGACACAGAGAGCAAACCAGGAGAAAGUGAAGGAGUAGAGUGAAACUGUAGAGAGAAAAGAGAAAAAGUCUGGAUUAUUUACUGUGAAAAACGAAAAACAGCUGCGUGACAGUGACACAUAAACCACACAGCUGACAGGAGUUUUGGAGAGACCAACCAACCUACAGUCCUUGGACAUACUGGAGAGACAGACCAGCUCUGAACAUCUUCGACUAGUUUGAACAACAAUCUGCUAAAAUAAAACGCAGCGGCAGAAACACCUGAAGACGCUCUGACUCAGAGUUUACCUCCUCUUCGUGUUUGCAGACCGGUGUUUGCACCGGCUGACCUCCAUGUAUAAGAUGGAUUACUCCUACCUGAACUCCUAUGACUCCUGCAUGGCGGCCAUGGAAGCGUCGGCCUACGCGGACUUCAGCUCCUGCAGCCAGGCCAGCUCCUUCCAGUACAACCCGAUCCGGAGCGGACCCUUCUCCAACCCGGGCUGCACUCCGCUCAGCACGGCCAGCUGCACCCUGGGAGCCCUGCGGGAGCACCAGCCCACGCCUUACUCCUCAGUUCCUUACAAGUUUUUCUCGGACCCCUCUGGCCUGAACGAGAAGCGGAAGCAGCGGCGCAUCAGGACCACCUUCACCAGCUCCCAGUUGAAGGAGCUGGAGCGGGUCUUUGCCGAGACACACUACCCGGAUAUCUACACCCGAGAGGAGCUGGCUCUGAAGAUAGACCUGACCGAGGCCCGGGUACAGGUGUGGUUUCAGAACAGGCGUGCCAAGUUUCGUAAACAGGAACGUGCAGCCAACGCCAAAGCCAACAACUCUGGUGGCAACACGGGCAGCACCUCGAGCAGCAGCUCUGGAGGGAAGAAGGGCGGAGAGCCGAGAUCUUCAUCAGAUGAUGAUGAGUCCAAAGAAUCCACCUGCAGCCCCACACCUGACAGCACGGCUUCCCUGCCGGGCUCGGCCAAUGGAAACUUGGGCAGCCCUGCCAGCCUGAGCCCCAGCCCGGCUCCUGCCAACAGUGGCUAUACCAACACAUCCAGCUCUCCGAUCCUCCAGGGGCUGAAGCCGCCCAGCUGGUCCAGCCUGGGGCCGUCCAACCCAGCCGUGGCUCAGCCUGCUGCCCAGACUCAGGAGAUUCUGAAGGCCUGGCAGCCGGCGGACAGUAUGACCGGGCCCUUUGCCGGAGUCCUGUCCUCCUUCCACAGAAAACCCAAUCCCACCAUCAAGACAAACCUGUUCUGAAGCACAGAGGAAGAGAAAAAGAGAAACAGACAUUAUGUGGUCUACUGGAACAGUGAGGAGUUUCUAGCUUUUGAUGAGAGAGUCAGGACUUCCCCAUUAUAACGCUGAAUUCACUGGUGUACUCGGCUGUGGUUCAGUGAGGCCCUCGGUUCUUCUCAAAAAAACUAUCCUGUCAAACUGAUUCAUAACUCAGACAAUAAAGUCAAAAGUCUGGUCACCAUCUUUCUCCCUAAAAUAUUAUGCAACUGUGCACAUUAUACCUGCAAAACUCCACCUGCACAUGGACAGGUUCCCUCCUGCAAUGACUUAAACUUUUCACCCUCAUCCUCAAAUUAGAGCUGCUCGUACAGUUCGACCAGAAAUCACUUCCUCAGAUAAAACUAGAAGACAGUGUUGUCACCUCUAUUUAAUGAUGUAAAACUCUUCAUGUACAGGUCCUUAAACUGUUACCUGACUAAAACCUUCACAGUGUCAAAAGAACAUUUGUGUGUCCAGCCCAAUUUCAUGUGAAAUGUCUUUGACUCAUACACACAUCUUUUAAACACACUCUCUGCCCUUCUGUCCUGCCUUUCUUGCACACUCACAUUCCCACACUCACUGCAUUGCAACACGCCCUGUUGAACACUUGGACAGCCACAGCAGCGUGCUAUGCUCUGAUGAGCAUGGGGGUCAGGUACAGGUUUAAAGCAGAAAUCUAAACAUCACACUCCGGUCUCUGCUGAAGAAACAAAACAAACAAACUUUUACCCUCAAGCACAACUUCCUCUAAGCCCCCUGACACACAGACAUCCCACCAGAAGGAACAGGGUCCCCCUAAAUCUCUUUGCCGAGCAAAACGGGGCGACCCAAAAUCCAAUUAGAGCAGCCGGGUCCAGACAAGACACCUCCCCAGUUCAAUUCAUCCCCUCCUUCUUCUUUACUGUAUCAAAUCCUGACUCCCCCACUUGCAUUCUCAUUGUGACCCCUCCCCAAGGCUUUUUGGUCCCAUCAUGCCUUUCUCUGUCAAACAGUGGGCACUUUGUUAAGACUCAGCAAGGGAAAGAGAUGGAGAACUUGUCUCUGUUUUCAGUUCACAUUUACUGCAGUUUCCUGCCCUGUUGUACGGGUGGAGAAAGGUGAAGAUCUGUAGUUAUACACAGGGUGUAGCCUAAAAAUCUGUCAGUCUAAUUACAAUUCAAGUGUAGAGUUGGUAUCAUUGUACUGCAACUCGUUUCUCAUGUCAUCACAGACUGAAGAGUUUUUUGAUUCUCCUGCUGGAUUGAUGGGAAUGAAUGAGUCUGUUCUGCAGGCAGUGCUUCAGUCUGUGAAGCGGACUUACAACUCAUCACCCACUCUGACUCCUUCAUCACUUUUUCAGCCCAGUUUCAUUAGCCCUCCUGCAGCCGACAAAUACGGGACAAUCUUUCUCAGAAACAUGACACAAGCCAGUCUAAUGCUGGCAAUAUACAGAGAAAAAGAGUUUUCUAAUAUCCUGGUUUUUGUCUACCCUCGUUUUUUUUUUUUUGCAAAAAGGCAAAAAAAAAAGCAGCCGUUUCUACUUUCUUUCACGUUGCAAAGUUGCUUGUGAAUUAUCUAGAUUUCAUUUUGUUGCAAAUCACUGAAACAACACUGAUUUAAGAGCUGUUUUUCUUUUGGGAGGGUUUACUCUAGAAGGGAAAAAAACAUGUAUUUAUUAAUAUUUUUUAUUAUAUCUGUGAGAAACCCACAUAUUUCUUUCAACUGCUCCAUAAAAUUGUGUGACUGUAAAUUCUGUAAUUAGUAAUAUAAAUAUUAGGUAGCCCUUUGUUUAUUUCCCUGACGUUGCUUUACAGAUUUAUUUCAUUGCAGAGUAUCUGUCUCACAGACCAACAUGUCCAUGAAAACUAUGAAUCGACAGAUGCUCUAGUGAAUGAGAAGUUAUAGCACUACUCUGAAUAUUCUAAUAAAUCUACAUUAUGGAAACACUACCUGAUGUGUUUAAAGAUUUGGUUUCUUGUGUGCGACAAAGUGAUGGGAGUGUUGUGUGUCAUGUGCAAAGUCACAAAGCUGUUUUCAUUAACUCUGAGGUACAGUAUGAGCUCCUGAAAACAUGGUUAAAUAAAAACAUGAGUGACUUUCAUUUUACCAUACACACUCUCUCUUUCCCUUACUGAGGCAGCUCUACAGCUCACAGACCAUAACUGUUUCAUCCUGACAGCUUUCCCUGCAGACAACAAAAAAAAAGAAGAAAAUAAGUGAAUUUAUAAAAUAAGGAAAGACAUUAAAUUUUAAUUGAAAAAAAAAAAA